AUGCUGUGGAUUCGAAACGUUGCUCUCCUCUUCUGUCUCCUCAAUAGCGUCGCCGCGAUUGGCGAAAAUGCGGUGAGAAUUGAAUGUUUCUUUUGAUUGUUUCAAUCGGAUCACUGCCGUCUCUCACUGAUGGAACUGGAUCAAGGUUACACUCCCUUAGGGGGAAAUUAUGCAAAUGUUGUGGUUUUCGAGACAAUAAUGAAUACUUUAGAUGGAUUUCCAAGCCAUAACUGGAAUCAUCGGAGGAAUCGGAAAAAUGCUGGAGAGCAAGAUCGACACGAUCAACGUCCCGGCUGAUAUGAUCAUGGGCAAGUGGUUCCAAAUGUAUAAAGCGGCCAUGAACUUCGACGUUGUCCGUACCACCAUGUUCUGCCCGGUUGCUUACUGUAAGUUCCAAUGGAUUGAGAACGUGUUUCUAAACGGAACGUUUUUACAGUCUCGCCUAAUCCGAUCAUGGGAGAAGAGGGGUUUUCGAUGCAGGAGGCUUACAGAGUGGUCUCUAAGACUGGUCCAAUUGAGACUUAUAAGAGGGACAUGAACAAAGUCGGCCCAGGACAAUACUGGAUGUACACUGAGGAGUACUUCUACCCAAGACAAUGUAAUUAGCUGAAUCGAAAUGUUCUCAGUGUUGACCUUCAUUUUUAGUCUACAUCAUCGGAGCCGGGCCAUCGUUCGACAACGGCACCGCCAACUCGACGGAGCCACUCCAAUACUUGAUCGCUUCAGACGCCAACCGUCUUUCUUUGAUGGUCUACGCAAGAGAUCCACUCAUCUUUUUCCAGGUUAGUUGCGAAAAAUAUUUUUUUUGUCCAGUCGCCGCGAAAAUUGAUUGACACAAUUGAUAAGAAAAGGAAUUGGGUUAGCUUAUCAUCGGCCAAACAGUUGACCUUAUUCAUGGCGAUUACGAUUUCGGAUCACGGAUCGAAAAAAGUGAAAGUUGAAGAAGAUAGGAAUUUUGCAGAAGUACAAUAAGGAGGUCGUCGAAUUCAUGAACGGACACGGAUUCGGGGGAAACGUCUUCUGGAACAGCCCGAAGCCAAUCUACCAGGGACCAGACUGCGAGUGGCCAUCUGAGAAGGAGGUCUUUGCUAGAAGGUGCUUUUUGGGAAAUCUGAAUCCAAUUGUGAUUUUGCUGAUUUCAGAGUGCUCAAGAACCAGGAGAUGAACGAGCGCAGCAAGAACGGAACUUCGGAUCCAAUCCUCUCUGGAAUGCCGCUGGCUGACAUGAUCCGUGACCCUAAGCGUACUCUGGAGAGACUUGUCGGAACGAAAGCUUUGCAACAAGCGUCAGCCGGAAUUACCGCCGGCCCACCAGCCAGCCGUAGCGAGUGA